AAAUAAUUAUUAAAAAUGUUACAAAACAAAUUAUAUACAAAUUCAAGUAAAACUUGUAUGUUAUAAAAUAAAAUCUUUAAAAAUAGACAAUCUAGCUCUUUUAAAGCAGGGUCAAAAUCUAGUUAUUAUUAAAGCUCAUGGCUUAUUUGAAUAAUUGUGAAUUAGUGAAAAGAAAUGGACAUCGGCCUUAAUUGUGCUAAAUGAAAAGAAAGAAACAAAGUCCCACUUUGGGAAGAGGAGCAAAAGUGAGAUAUAUAUAUAUAUAUAUGUUAUCACACUCUCACUUGAUUAAACAGCUCAGAGGAAGAGAGAGCUCCCAACGCGCGCACCGCCGCCGUCUAGCUUGGCUUGGGCUUGGUGAAGGGCCAUAGGCUCAAUAUGGUUCUUUUGGACCAAAUUAAGCCCAACGUUUUUGCCCAUUUAAUUCAAAAACAUCAUGUUUUUUAAUAUUUUAAACAACAUGUAGUUCGUUUUAAAACAACACGUUGUCUCUCUUCUUGACGAUAAGAUUAAACGAGAAAGAUCGUGCGGAGUAAGUUUUGUAAGGUCUUAGCCCUGAGAUCUUCGCGAGAUUUCCGCCAACAUCCGUAUAUGCUGCAUCAGUUACGGAAAGUGGCUUGUCAGAUAGAGUGUUUCUAGUCAUGUUGUGGGUUGGAUGAAUUGUACUUGUGGCUUCAUCGGUCUUUCUGAUUAUCUUGAGAUGAGGAUUAAGCAAGAUAUUCAUCUUUGCUUUUUUCCAGUCAGUUUUAUGCUAACAUGAACUUCUGGUCACUUGAGCAUACAUCUCUUAUUAAGAACCAAAUAGCGACAAGAAUUGCAGAUAGCAUGACUUCUGAAUAAAGGUAUCAAUCAUACAUUUCCACUAGGGAUCCUUCGUGGCUUCGACUCUUACUGAAAAAAAGAGCGGGGACUACGGAAGUUCGUCUCAAUUAAUCCAUGAACUAUGUUCUGGUUCAACGGUUUUUUUUUGUGUGUUUCUGUUGCUCAUACGAGCUCUUUACACCAUCAAUUGGGGGUUGUGAUAGAUCCGGUAUCUGUCACCAAACAUUUGUGUUUUUGAUCAAUUGAAUUACUUAGUAUUGAAAAAGAAAAAAAAAAAUUAAUUUCUUACGGUAAACCUUUAUUGAUAAAGAAUUUCUCACGGUAUACCAACAUGUGGAAUAUAACAUUACUAUAUUAGCAUGUUCCUACAUCUUAGUACAAAUAAAUUAAUGUAUUUGAUAGUGAGAGUGUCACAUGCCCUUGCUAAUUAAUUGAUCGAUUCACAUAAUCUCUCUCAUAGUCUGUUCCUCUCUCCUAAAGUUAGAGAUAAAUUGAUGUAUCUGACAGUACCAUAUGUUAUUGAAGAAAUCAAUUUACACAAAUUUCUAAGUUUUGAUAGACGCAAAUUAAAAUAUACAAAUACAAUCGAAUCGAAUCAAAUCGCUUGAAUACUUUUCUAUAAAAUACUACUAGCCACAUAAAGAACCUUAUACUUGAAGUGAAUGAGAGCAUAACCAAACAAAAAUGACUUCGAGCUUCAAACUCAGCGAUCUGGAAGAGGUAACGACGAACGCAGAGAAGAUACAAAACGAUUUACUGAAGGAGAUACUUACACUUAACGCCAAAACAGAGUACCUGCGACAGUUUCUUCAUGGAAGCUCGGAUAAAACAUUUUUCAAGAAACACGUACCGGUGGUGAGCUAUGAAGAUAUGAAGCCUUAUAUUGAACGUGUCGCGGAUGGAGAGCCGUCAGAGAUUAUUUCGGGUGGACCAAUAACUAAAUUCCUCCGAAGCUCUGGAACUUCAGGGGAGGGGAAACAAAAGAUUUUCCCUGUGAACGAUGAUUUCGCUAAGAAGAUGGGAUACAUUUUGGCUCUACGCUCUCUCGUUAUGUCCAAGCAUUCAAAAGACACAAGCGCCGAAGAAGGAAAAUCAAUGGAGUUUCAUUACAUCAAACCAGAAUACACAACCCUCUCCGGCUUACCCAUUUCUACAGUAUCUACAUGUUUUUUAGUGAGUGACUAUUUCAAAAACCGGCCAUCAAAAGGUAAGUCAGAGGUCACAAGCCCCGACCAAGUCACCUUGUGUCCGGAUAGCAACCAAAGUAUGUAUUGUCAUCUUCUGUGUGGGCUUUGUCAGAGAGAUCAAGUUGUGAAAGUUCGUGCUUCUUUUGCUUAUACUUUGGUCCGAGCAAUCAAUUUUCUUGAAAAAUACUGGAAGGAGUUGUGUAGUAAUAUCCGAUCAGGUCAUGUUAGCGACUGGAUCACUGACCUGAACUGUAGAAACUCUGUUUCGGUCAUUCUCGGAGGACCUAAUCCUGAAUUAGCGGAUUUGAUUGAAAAAAUAUGCAGCCACAAGUCAUGGGAAGGUAUCAUCACACGGCUUUGGCCCAAAUCCAGGUCUUUGGAAGCCAUUUUUACAGGACAAAUGGCUCAAUACAUUCCAAUACUGGAGUUUUAUUCCAACAAACUUCCCCAAGUUUCCACAGUAUAUGGAUGUUCUGAAAGUACGUUUGGGUUUAACGUGGAUCCUCUUAGCAAACCACAAGAUGUUUCUUACACAUUUUUGCCCAACAUCUCCUACUUUGAGUUCCUACCUAUUGACCAUGAGAGAGACAUAGCCAGCAUUGUUGAUCUUGUGAACGUCAAACAAGGGUGUUACUAUGAACCUGUGGUCACUAAUUCUUUCGGUUUAACAAGAUAUCUGAUUGGAGAUAUUCUACAGGUUGUUGGGUUUUACAAUAGUACACCUCAAUUUAGAUUCGUGCGCAGAAAGAAUAUUGUUUUAAGUGUCGAAACAGAGAUGACAACUGAGGAAGACAUUUUAAAGGCUUUGGCUCGGGCGAGUCUUGUUCUUGAGUCUUCUUCAGAUGUAAUGCUGAUGGGCUUCACAUGCUAUGCUGAUGUCUCCACUUUUCCAGGUCACUAUGUUUUCUACUGGGAACUCAAAGCUAGAGCCAUCAAAGAUGUUGAACCUGAUAAAAAGGUAUUGGUGGAAUGUUGCUCUGUAUUAGAGGAAUCAUUUGAUGCUCUUUAUAGGAGACUUAGGAGUAAAGGUGGAGUCAUUGGAGCUCUAGAGAUAAGAGUGGUGCAGAAAGGAACAUUCGAUUCUCUCAUGGAAUAUUUCACCUCCGAAGGUGGUUCGACGGCUCAAUACAAGACACCCAUAUGUAUCAACUCUUCAGAAGCCUUGGCGGUUCUUGAGAGUAAGGUUCUUUCUCGAUUCUACAGUGAAAGAUCUCCUCCUCUUGACUCAUAGUUGUCUGCAUGUCUUUUCUUAUGGUUUUAUGUAACAAACAUCUGGUGCAGUGUAUCCUUAUCCUUUUCAGGGAAGAACGUUGUACUAGUCAAGGCUCUUUACAAAAAAGAAAGACGUUGUAUUAGUCUUUUUUACAUGUGUUUUCUUACUCUAAUGUUGCUUUGGGUUUUCAAUUUUCAAAAUCUAUUU